AGGCCUCCGUAGAAGAUCGCGCUUCCCUUCUCUUCUAGGGUUCUUUACUUCUUUCUCUAGUUUAAUCAUUUCUAUAGCGAUGGCAGACGUAGAGUACAAAUGCUUCGUCGGAGGGCUCGAAUGGGCUACCGACGAGCAAUCCCUGAAUUCGGCUUUCAGUCCUUACGGCGAGAUUAUCGAAUCGAAGAUCAUUAACGAUCGGGACACUGGGAGGUCGAGGGGAUUCGGAUUUGUGACCUUCAGCAACGAGAAGGCGAUGAAAGACGCCAUUGAAGCAAUGAACGGCCAGGAUCUUGACGGCCGUAGAAUCACCGUUAACGAGGCUCAGGCCCGAGGCGGAGGUGGCGGCUACAGCCGUCGCGGUGGCGGCGGUUAUAGCCGUGGUGGUGGAUAUGGUGGUGGCGGUUAUGGUGGUGGGCGUGAUCGCGGUUACGGUGACGGAGGAUACGGCGGCGGACGUGAUCGCGGUUAUGGGGACGGUGGAUCCCGCUAUAGAAGUGGUGGUGGUAGGGACGGAAGCUGGAGGAACUGAAUUUUUAGCGUUGUGUGUGAAUGCUAUGAUAAGUGUUCUAGAUUUGCUUGGAUGUUCUUAAGAUGGUUCUUGUUAUGAUUCUGUGUUGUUUCGUGUUCGCACUUUUUUUUUUUUUUAAAUUAGAGGUCUCCUAAAAUUUUAGAAAUUUUGUAAUUUUCUCUUGAAAUUUAUCAAAGACUAGACCGUCUCCUGACCUACAAGGAGACUAACAUGUGCUACCAGUGGAAUAUAGAUGGAUUAUCUGAGUUUGAAGACAA